AUGGUCCUCCUAAGCACCACACUAGCUCUAGAUGUUCUUCAAUCGUUUUUAUAUGCUCUGAUUGGCCCAUUUGGUGCCUACGCCAACCCAUUUGGAUUCUCUACUUUUGAUUUGUAUCUAAUGUCUCUCUUCUUUAUCAUGUUUUGUCCCAUGAGUGUCAUUCCACUCUUGUUUUUAGGGGUGAGAGCUCCAUAUGGAAAGUUUGCCUUGACCAAUGCCAAAGAUGAAAACAAAGGACUCGAAGGUUCCUCAUUCAACCGUGCUGCCAUGAAUUUUUACUCCAAGUUUGAUUUGGUUGUGACUAAUGGAAAAUUGGCAUUUGCAUUCCAAGAAACAUUCUCACUCGUACUCUUCUUUUAUGCUUUCUAUGCAUAUGCACCAAGUAUUGAUGUGUUGAUGAAUUCGGGCAGUAUGGUUACCAUUCAACAAGUAAUUGCAUCGUUGAUGUUUGUUUUGCAUUACAUCCAUCGAGCAUUCAUCUUUACACUUGUGAGAACUCAUAGCAUGAGCCCAUCUUCUCUUUCCAUUGUCAUGAUGGCUGCUUCUUUCUGUGCUGCAAAUGGAUAUUUGAAUUCUAAGGGCAUUUGGGUUUACCAUGAUGGUACCCAGACAAGUAAUUCCGACUUUUCCUUAAUGCAAUUUGUGGUCAUGGCAUUAGGAGUAGUGUUCUAUGUGGUCGGUUUUUACAUUAAUUACCAAUCUGAUGAAAUUCUCAUUCGAUUAAGAACUCAAAAUGAUCAUCCAGUCGACAUCGGAGCGACCACAACAUGUGGCUCAAAGAAAAAGUACUUUAUUCCAUAUGGUGGCCUCUAUUCACUUGUCAGCUCUCCCAAUUACUUUGGAGAGUUCAUUGAAUGGUUUGGCUAUUUUAUGUUUAUCCAAAAUCGGUUUGCGUUUUUAUUUGUUAUUUUAACUCUAAGUAACCUUCUUCCUCGUGCAAUGCAAACUCAUAACUGGUAUUUGGAAAAGUUCGGUCUCGAGUAUCGCAAGCUGAACAGAAAGGCCUUCAUACCAUAUCUAUUAUAA